GUCUGCAUAUCGCUUUCCAGUGCUACGGAAAAAAUUAUUUACAAAAAUUGGUAAAAAUCGUAAAAUUUAUAAACAAAAUGGCGCGUUACUUACAUAUAAAUCGCUUUGAAUAUGAUUUCAUAGUUUUGUUGACUAUUAAUCUUAAAAAAAGUAAAAAACUAAAAAUGCCGGCGGAUGCAAUACUUUUCAAGGCCGGUAAGUGCAAGAAACUGAUCCCUAUUAAUGCCGAUUGGUUUUAUUUGCGAUGUGCAUCAAUAUUGCGUCGCAUGUACAAACGCGGUCCGAUUGGUAUUGGUAAACUUCGUGAAAUGUAUGGUGGACGCCGUCGUAGAGCUUUUCGUCCCCGCUACUACUCUAUCGUAGCUGAUGGUCUUUUAAUCAUAGUUCUAAAAGCUUUGAGCCAAGCGAAAAUGAUUAAAUUUGUUCCAGGUGGUCGCACAUUGACUUAUCGUGCACAACGUAAAAUUUAUCGUCUUGCUCAGAUAAUUGCUCAUGUCGAUAGAGAAAUUUUGGCAAUUAAGCAAAAACAAUUAUUAGCACAGCAAAGAAAUAUGUAAUAAAAUUAACUAUAAAUAAAGAGUA